AUUUUGUUGCAGAUUCAGACGAAUGACGACAGCCGUGACCUUGACCCAGAUCUGGUGCCACUCAACCAUCCAAGUAUGCUGAAGUUCUUGACUUCGGUCGAAGAUUCGAUAUUUGAAGCUCUAGAAGAGAACUUGACCUCUUACCAUUUUGCAGGCUACGAAGUCGACUGGAGUGAGGAUCAGGAAAGUGAAGUGACCUGUGUGAACACAUUCUACGCCAGUGAGUCAAUACUGAACACACAUUUGAGCUCAUCGCAAAGCAACGCCAACACAGACGAAAGUAAUACUGAGUCUUCUCAAUUCUACCAAUCAAAAACAAGUCAUGGAGAUGAGAAUGAUCUUAGCACAAGUUCGGCAGUGCAAAUCAUGGGAUCUUCUUAA